ACUGGGAGGUAUAUAUGAGGCAUUGUUUGACCGUAGAAACAGAAUAUCAUCACAUCAUCGACAGCUUCUCUUCUCUACAGCUUUACUACAACAACAACAAUAGACUUUUGUCUUUCAUCACCAAAUCGACACAUUUACAAUGGCCAACAUCGAGCAAACAUGGAGCCUCGCCGGCAAGGUCGCCGUCGUCACCGGCUCAGGCCGCGGUAUCGGGAAGGCCAUGGCCAUUGAGCUCGCCAAGCGCGGUGCCAAAGUAGCCGUCAACUACGCCAACGCCGUCGAGGGCGCCGAGCAAGUUGUCAAGGAGAUCAAGGCCCUCGGCAACGGCUCCGACGCCCACGCCUUCAAGGCCAACGUCGGCAACGUCGAGGAGUCAGAGAAGCUCAUGGACGACGUCGUCAAGCACUUUGGCAAGCUCGACAUUUGCUGCUCAAACUCUGGUGUUGUGUCUUUCGGCCACUUCAAGGAUGUCACCCCCGAGGAGUUCGACCGUGUCUUCACCAUCAACACUCGUGGUCAGUUCUUCGUUGCCAAGGCUGCGUACAAGCGCAUGGAGAUGGGUGGCCGUAUUAUCCUCAUGGGAUCCAUCACCGGUCAGGCAAAGGGUGUCCCCAAGCACGCUGUCUACUCUGGCUCAAAGGGUGCUAUUGAGACUUUCACCAGGUGCAUGGCUAUCGAUGCUGGUGAGAAGAGGGUCACUGUCAACUGCGUUGCUCCCGGUGGCAUCAAGACCGACAUGUACCACGCUGUGUGCCGUGAGUACAUUCCCAACGGUGACCAGCUCUCCGACGACCAGGUCGACGAGUACGCCUGCACAUGGUCCCCCCACAACCGUGUUGGUCAGCCAAUAGACAUUGCCCGCGUCGUCUGCUUCCUGGCUUCUCAGGAUGGUGACUGGGUUAACGGAAAGGUCAUUGGCAUUGACGGUGCUGCUUGCAUGUAAGCGGCUUUGGUUAGUGCUAGAGCAUGAUCUCUCUCUCUCUUUUUUCCUUUCCAAAUGUUUUAAGCUGGCAUGUAUCGGCGUUCUUCUCCAUAGAAGAAAUGAAACUUUUAAUCUCCCAUUGCAUCUC